CCCAACGGCCAUACAGUAAUACUGCACGACUUGUUCAUUGACAUAAAGUUGAACUGCGUGGAAGUUGUAAGAUUCGUGUAGUGCACCGGCUAAGCUGCGACAUCAACCGCCACCAACGCUCGCGGCUGUGGAGCUCCGUGCUUGAAGGGAUGCGCUCGUCCGCCCAUUUCACAGAGCCACGGAAACGGGAUUUGACUUCAUAAUCAUGCCGACGACAAGGUCCUCUCGCGUUCACGGCGCCAUGAUGGAUCUCGCAAGUGUACUGCUUCCUCGGCGUCUGGUCCACGAACGACCACGGAGGCUUCUCGAAACCUCGGCGCCAGGUCACGGCGCACGAGAAAGAAGGCAGCCGACGACUGCACAGUCCAAAACGCUCUCGCCUUGGGCAUCACGGCCGCAACAAGAAACAAAUGCAUUGGCUGUGAUGGAAACGCACAAAACCUGCCGCCCAUGGCGCGAAUUCAGCAGCCGCCGCUUGCUCGCAUACAUGCUUGCCCGCGUCAAGAGUCGUCGGCCAAGUGAGACAUUUUUCUUUCACAACCCAGACGAGCUCGAGUUUAACGUCAGGUUAAACGACAUAUCGCCGUUCUGCAUUGGAGACAAUACAGUUUAACCCAUGGUUUUUCUACGACAAAACUUCGUUUGGCGAUACAAACGGCAAGUUAUUCGUGCAGCAGACGUCUUCGGUCAACUUGGCAACCUCAACAACACGAAACACCAUCCGUCGCGACACACGAUUGCCACCCAGAGGGUCUGUAGCACAUAGGAAACUCCAUCGAGAUGUUGGGAAAGUCUAAGUUUUACAAUGCUCAUGUGUCGUCAAUCGGGA